GAAUCGCGCGGAGAUCUUCCCGCCUGUCACGUGUUGAUUGAGUCUGUCGGUGCGUCGAUUUUCGUCAUGAGCGCCAAGGAGGAGCCGAAGAGCUCUUCUGCUGCGGAGGAGGAGGCCAAGGAGGAGUCUGAGAAGGGCAAGGAGGAGGACAAGCCGAAGGAGAAGCCGCGGCCCAAGACGCCGCCCAAGAAGAAGUUCGAGCAGCCCAAGCCGGAGCUCGUCGACUGGCAGCACUACAUCUCCUGGAAGGUCAUCGGGACACCGGGCAGCAAGACGCGCACGCUCCAAAACUGACGGCUUACUCGACGGACGGCAUCACAUCAAGAGCAACCACAAGGCCAGACCACUCGUUUGUUGAUGUCUUGUCAGCUGGGAGGGAGCUGCGUGAUGGGCGGUGUCUGGG